AUGAAUAAACGUAGACUAAGCUGUUUUGUGUUUAUAGCCACAUGUGAUCAUCAACAAACUGACAUGUACCUUAGAUCAAAUAGAACUAACGUCUACAUCCUUUUAACCUUCUCUGGAGUGCUCAUAUAUUCGGUUAUACUACUAAAGUUGUAUUCAUCUUUCUUGGAAAUUCGCAAACCCAGAUCCUCCUCAGGCGCUACUGAUGCCACCAAUGCCAAGCCUUACGCUAACAAAACCCUGAUUCUCCUGUAUACCACAUUCUUUGGCGGAAAAUGGAUGGAUCGCCGUGAGUUAGGAGGUCAAAGAUCGCCCAUAAUUGAAGGUACUAAGUCGUUUGUUGGAUGCAAAGUCCCAUCUUGUUAUGUAACGUACGAUAAAAGCCUCAUAUCACAAGCCGAUGCCGUUGGCUUCCAUUUUCUAGACAUGCACUUAAAAUCUCAGCGAGUUCCAAAUAGGACUCGAUCCAAUGGCGAUCAAAUAUGGUUUUACUACAUAAUGGAGACGCCUCUGCAUUUGCUUAUCAAGCCGUUGAAAAAUAUAUUUAAUUGGACGAUGUCGUACCGGAGAGACUCAGAAAUCUUUGUACCAUACGGUCGCUAUGCUCCGCUAGAGGCGGGCGACAUGGUCACGCCUGUUGAUAUCUCGUACAAGGACAUGCUUGUAGCCUGGAUGGUCAGCAACUGCCAUAGCUCCGAGAGAAAUAACUAUGUGUUUGAGUUGCGUAAAUAUGUAACGGUCAACAUCUAUGGCUAUUGCGGGACGUAUACCUGCCCCAAGUCGCGCUCGUGUGGCGAACAGUUAAGACGAUACAAGUUCUAUCUCGCACUAGAGAACAAGAACUGCAAAGACUACAUAACGGAAAAGUAUUGGGAGAACGCGCUGGCGAAUGGUGUUGUGCCCAUUGUAAUGGGAGGGGCCGAGUAUUGGGACCCCCAUCUAGCCGUCCCAAACUCGUAUAUUGAUGUCCGAGACUUUGAGUCCCCGAAAGCAUUAGCGGAGUAUUUAGUUUAUUUAGAUAAUAACCUUCAGGCCUACAUGAAGUAUUUCCAAUGGAGGAAUAACUACAAAUUAGUGGCCACCAGGCGAGCCUGUAUAAUGUGCCAACAACUUCGUGAUAGAGGUCUGUACGAUCCUCCAAGGGUGAUAACAGACAUGACUCAGAAGUUGCCGAAGUCAGACUGUAACCAGCUUAACCUGCUGAAUACGACCGCCCGACCGGUGGUCACCUAUAGUUCCAAUGACGCAUUAGAAUGGAUGACACAUCAAUCAGAGCUACCUGGGAAUAUAAUAGACGUGAGCGAAGUUAAUAAUUCCAUAGUGACAGUUAUAGAUUGAAUUUAAAGUUGCGGUAAAUCCAUAUUAUUCGGGUCUGAGGGAGUGAGGGGGGCAUUUCCUCCUCACCAACACGUUCCGAGUAGCAUAGUCCGAAUUCAUCGUAUUGUAAAACCAUGAUAUCUCGUUUGUAACUUAACUCAGAUCAAUAAGUUCUCUGGCCUA